GCCGUACCUUCAUUUAUAUGCUCAAUUCUGAUUGGCUCUCCACCAGACAUUUAAUAUUUUCCCGGGAAAUAAGAAUUUUGCACAGGUGGUGCUGGUGAUGUCAGUUCAGUCUUACGUCAGUUUGCAGAGAGCCAGCUUAAGAGUGUGGAGUGGAGUGUGCUGACCAGGUAUUUGCGUGUUGGUUUGGGGUUCAGUGCGUGCUUUUCUGUAAGAAAAUAAAAAAACUGCAGCUGUUCUGGCGAGUGAAGCAGUGCAACCUGGUAAAAGCAGUACAGAGGCAGGUGGAGCAACAGGGUCGCAGGUUGAGGAUGGCAUUCUGUGUAAAUUCGUGUCUCCUUGACCGGGCCCUGGUCCUCGGUGUGUUGUGUGGCCGUGUAGGUCUGGCCGUGGCGUUUUUCGGCUGGAUGAAGGAGACGCCCACCACUGUGGAACCCCCUCCCGCGGUCGUGUCGGCGAACACGCACGGGGAAACUCCGCCAUUCGAGAUGACCACGGCAGACGACCGCUUCCUCGCCGAAGCCAAACAACUUGAGCUGUCCCCUCUCGACAGCUGUCACUACAAGGUGAUUGCCCAGCUGAAAUCCUCCUGCAGUGGCCUAUCGGAAGAAGAGAUUGCCAAACUGGGCGUGGUCUUGUUCAACUGCCAGGCAGAGGUGGAAGGGCGCAAGACUUACCCCUGCACCCCAGAAAUGACGAUCAAAGAGUGCACAGAGCCAAUGGAUGCAGACACCUGGAAUGCCUACCACAUCGUGAGCAACAGAGCGCGCUCUGUGUGCUACACCACGCGCCAGCAGCACUUCAAGAGGAGGGCAGAGAUGACUGUCAACUCCCUCGUCGCCACGGCAACCAGCCAGCUGGAGGCCAUGCGUGUGCUCAAGGAUGGCCAGGCUGAGCUGAAGGAGCUGACAGCCUCGUCUCUGGAGAAGGUUCUGAGCAGUCAGAGUUCUCUGCUUGAGCAGCAGGGGGCGCUACAACAGGGGCAGGAUGAGCUGGAGUCCUCCAUCGACAUCAACCUGGAGCGCCUGGCUCAGGAGAAGGCGCUCAUCGCCAGUGGGCACCAGCUCGUGGUGCAGCUCAUCGAGGGCAUCACACACCACAUGGACUCAAACCUGUCUGGAUUCCUGCGUUAUCAGAACCGCACGACUCACUACUUCGUGCAGUUGAUGGGGAACCUGCAGCGCAUGAACAGCACGCUGGGGACGCUGCUACACUACAUGGACAGGAUGCAGGGCAGCGUGGAGAGCAGGCUGCAGCACAUCCAGGGCUUCAUCAGCUGGGUCGGCGUUAACCUCUCUGCAGUGUCCACCUGUGUCCUGCACACUGGCUACUUCCUGCUGGCUGCUCUACUCAUGACUUUCCUGCAGACUCCUGGCCUGCCCCGCGCCAUGCUCCUAGUGCUAGUUGAUCUGAACGCGCUGUCUGAGCUCAACCAACAACCCGCCAUGGACUUCCUCAGCCUCACCAUCCUCCUGGUGCUCGCCACCAUUGAUAAGGGCCACAGGGUGGGUAACUGGUUCCUGCUGCGGCUGGUGAGCGGUUGUUCUGCGGUGACCCGUCGAAGAUCCCAGGCCGCCCUGCCUGCCUCCAGCAACGUCCCCUCCUCGGAGACCCUCAGACCUGCGGGCUGGCCCCUCGCCUCAACGCCAAACAGGAUGAUCUGUCGGCGCUGGAGCAGUGAGGUUGUGAACGACAAAACCACGACCUGCAAAGCGGGGGAUGGAAAUGAGGCGGACCUCUCUCUGCAGGGGGCUGAGCCACUGCCACCUCGGUUGUUGAAGAUGCGCCCGCGAUCUGAGGGGACCCCCAGUCACUCCACCCCACUGCUAAAGAAGAGAGCCAGCCUGCCUGUGAUGGCGCUAGAGGGAGUUCCCCAGAGACACCUGGGCUCCCUUCUUGAUGGAAUCUCAGAAUCCAGGCUGGGCAGCCCCAACCAGUCCAUUGGCAGCAAUGGGUCUAUGUCCUCUAUGUCCGGCAGACAGUUAUGCAGUGGCAUCACCAAGACUGGGCUGCUCUGCAAAAAGAGAGCGGUGAGGGGGUGGGAAUUCUGUCAUGUGCAUGAGGCUGGACAAGCAUCCUACACCAGCUAGAACCUGCCACUACAACCUGCUCCACCAGACAGCACAGCUACGACCCUGGAGAAUGAGAUCCACACACGCAACCAACACUCCAGCACUGCUGUAGGCCAGGGUUGGAAGCUCUUGCUAGUCCUGCACCCAGUUCUGGAUUUCCAAGAGGUUUAGGUAUAUUAUUAAAAUGACAAGCAAUCGGAACCCUCUGCUAAUCUGAACUGAUUGCUCUUCAUAUCACAGCAUGUCUUGCCUUUUUGAAUCUGUAGGUUUGCUUAUUGGGAGGUGCUGUUCGUGGAGCUAUAGGGGAGGAACUGGUUUGAUUACACAAACUCCUGCCUCCAAAUCAUUUCAAUGUUAUACUUGAUUGAAGUUGUUUCUGAAACCCAGGACUGUGUACAGCAGGACUAGUGGGGGUUCUAACCCCAUUGUAGGCUGAACUGACACCCUGAUUUUGAGCUGGAAGAGAAGAAAGCCCUACAAUUAGAGUGUGUAACUCAAGAAAAGUGAUGUGUGUUUUGUAGUCUGUGUGUAAAAGGGAGGGUUUGUGGUUUUACUGAUCUGGGACAAAGAGGACUCUUGCUGACUAGUGCACACCAAUGGGCUGCAAUGUAACUGGCCAUACUGGACUGUCUUGACUCCCGGUUGUGCUCUGGGAGAGACUGCCACUGGUUGUGUUGUAUCCAUGUCCAUGUGUUGUAUAAAGAAUUUUAAACUUACAAGCUGUAAAUAUGCCUGUCUGACAUUCAUCCCAUCAUCACACUAAAUACAACAUUUGUGCUUUCAGUAACAUGAACAAGUAAAACUGCUGCCUUCUACCUCCCCUCCCUCCCCCCGAUUCUGAUAAUUGGUAAGUUUCAAUACAAGUGGUGAACUCAUUUGUUUAAUUAGACCUUUAAUUGUUUUCAGCUCUUAAACUGUUGCAGAGUUCAAGUUACUUGUAAAAUGUUACAGCUAACUUGAAAUAUGCAACUGUUUAAAGCUGAAAACAAUUCAAUUCAAAUUAAGCAAACGAUCGGUUCAAUUAAGGGUCUCGUUAAGUAAUUGAGAGCUCAAUUGGAAUGAAAACCAGCAGACAGAGGGGGUCCCCAGGAGCAGGGUUGGGAACCACUGAUCUAGAUAGAUGCAACACAGAAAGGUGGUCAUUGGCAAGCUAAAACAGUACAAGAAUAUCCAAUUCUGUUGAGCGUUUAAUAGAUGACCCUUAGCAAGUUUAAUUGGACAAGACUUUCUAGUGUACUCUACCAGGGUUAUAUCUGAAGCUCAACCAGGUGACUACCUUGUCUCUAAGGCUCACUUGGUUAUCGUUACAUGCAUACUGCAACUACUGCAGCACACAAUCCUGCAGCAAAAACUACAAAGGUCUUGUCUGUGUUGCACUGAAUCAAUUCUAUGGUAAAACUAUAUCUGAACAGCCCUUUACUAACCUGUCUUGUGUGCAGUGCUGUGUCAUAGGAGAUGUGCU